AUGUCUAUUUCCUCAGAUUCAUCCAUUUGUGGUGAUGAAGACGGGGACUUGUUAUUCGAAGAAGAAGAGGAAAUCGACUUUUAUGCGAUCCUGAAUGUUCCGAAAGACGCUACGGAUGACGAAAUUAUCAAAGCGUACAGAAAAAGAUGCCUGAUGUUCCAUCCUGAUCGAUUCACUGACAACAAUGAGAAAAAAGAUGCUGAGAGAGUUUUUGUGAAACUGCGAAGAGCUCACGAGGUUUUGUUGGAUCCGAAGCAGCGAGCGAUAUAUGAUGCUCUAGGAAUUCAAGGACUUGACACGCAAGGAUGGGAACUAGUUUCACGAUCAGCUAAUCCAGAAAAUAUUCGGAAGGAAUAUGAGUUUCUUCAACGACUGAAAGAUCGGGAGUUGAUGCUUCAAAGAGUUCACCCCACUAGUAUCUUCAUGGUCAAAACUACCGUUGCGGGCAUGUUCCAAGAAAAUGAAGAAGAUAGAUAUCCUCCUCAACUUCUCGGAAUUUCUCUUUCACAAUCUGUUGAUUGUGCUUUCACUGGAGUCGAUCGUUUUGGACUUUCUGGAAGAGUUAAAACUGGAAACGGCCGAGGUGAUGGCAGUGUGACAGCAGUUUGGAAACGUGUUGCUGGAAAUUUCAAUUUAGAAAAUACAGUUUCUUUGUCGUCUGAAUCGGUGUCAUUAACGUGUCGAGCUGCUCGAAAUGUAUUUACGAGAGCUGCAAUUAUUGUGCAACCUCAAUUACAAUACAAUAUGCUUCAUGAAGCAUUCAUACCUUCGAUUGCUAUGAUUUAUUCCAUGCGACUUCAUACCCGUUGGCAAGGAAGUAUCGUAUUGAAUAUUUCACCUAUAGCUAACGCUCUGACAACAACAAUGGUACACACUGAAAAUAAUCAUGCGAAAGCUGUUGGAAGUUUGACACUAUCUCCUGUUAACUCCAAUGUUCGAAUGUCGUAUUUUAUACGAAAGCCUGAAAAUGAUUCUGUUACUGAAAUGUCUGUGCAACUAACAACAUAUGGUGUCAGUCCGGCAAUCAGUAUGGAUCGGAGACUUUCGCGAUAUUCAAGAGUAUCUUGUUCGUUCCAUUUCUCUUUCCCAUCUUGUUUGCUGUAUACAAAAUUCAAAUUGAAAGCAGGACAAUCUACCUUCGACUGGCAAAUUGUUUUAUGUGAUGAUAAAGAAGCUCUCUCUAGAAGUGUUCUAUACGGCGUAGCAGUCCCUUACUUCACUUUUCAACUUGCAAAAAUUGUCUUCCGUCCUUGGUGGGAGCGAUUCAAGUUAAUGUUCGAAGACAAUUCGCGUGAACAAGAAGUUGAUGUAGCAAAAAAAGAAGAGGCAGCGAAUAUUGUGAGCCUGAUGAGAGCUACUGCUGAAAGAAUAAAAAGGGAUGAAGAAUCUAAGCAAGGAGUAAUCAUCGAAAGCGCUCGAUAUGGUCAAUGUGAUGUCAGUGGAACAACUGCGUAUCCUCUAGCUGGAGAACGGACUAUUGACGUUACAGUUCCUCUACAAGCGAUGGUUAAUGAUAGCCAAUUGAGGGUUUAUACCAUCAAAAGCCAAUUGCCUGGUUUCUACGAUCCGUGUCCAGGAGACCCGAAAAUGCUAACUGUCCGCUACGUGUUCCGCGGAGAGGAACAUUCAUGCACUGUUGCUGAUGAAAUGCCACUGAUGCUCCCUCUUAGAGCUCAUCGCAUGUCAAACGAACAAACGUAA